CAGAGUCUUGUCGAGAAUCAAAUCAAAUUCUUUAGAUGGUGCAAGGCAAGUAUGCUACGAAUGGUGUCAUUCCAAUGGUAUAGAAAAAAGGACUUCCAAAUGCGUAUAAUACGCACAUGAAUCUUCCAUUCGAUUGAUCCAGGCAAGAUAUGUUGCAAGAACGUGCUUGAAGGAUUCAUGUUUUAUUAGAAUACGACUCCGAGUAGACGAACAAAGCAUUACAGGAAAAGCCCGUUAUUCUGGCAUCAUUACACAUGGAUUUGUCCUGGAUGAGAAAGGGCUCAAGAUGAGUAAGUCUUUGGGCAAUGUUGUUGAUCCCAUAACUGUAAUUGAAGGAGGGAAAAACGAAAAGGAAGCACCACCCUAUGGUGCUGAUGUUUUGAGACUAUGGGUUUCAAGUGUUGAUUAUACCGCAGAUGUACUGAUGGGCCCUCAAGUCCUCCGUCAAAUGUCUGAAAUGUACCGGAAAUUGCGAGGAACUUGGCGGUUUCUCUUGGCAAAUCUCCAUGACUGGAAUUUCGGCUAUGAAGUUCCAUACCGUGACCUUCCAAUUAUUGAUCAGCAUGCACUAUUUCAGCUUUCCUCCAUUGUGAAAAGCAUCAAAGAAAGCUAUGACAAUUAUCAGUUUUAUAAGAUUUAUCAGAUUGUUCAACGCUUUGCCAUUGUUGAUCUCUCCAACUUUUACUUUGAUGUAGCAACAGAUCGACUUUAUGUUGGUGGGAGUAGUAGUUUUGCAAGAAGAAGUUGUCAAACUGUCAAACUCAUUUACUUUCAAUUACACGGAUAAUUGCUCCAAUUUUACCCCAUCUGGCUGAGGAUGUCUGGCAGCAUCUUCCUUUCCCGAUAAUACUGAAGAUGGAAAUGUUGCCAAGUUUGUCUUCGAGUCGGGCUGGCCAAUAACAAAUGAGAAACAUCUUUCCUUCCCAGUGGAAGACAUCGAUGUAUGGGCCAAAGUUCUAGAGCUGAGAACUGAAGUGAACAAAGCACUCGAAGUUGCACGUGCUGGGAAGUUGAUCGGUGCCAGUUUAGAGGCAAUGGUCUAUCUGCACACUUCGGAUACCACACUUGCUGUACGGUUAAAGGAAGCAGCACAUGAACCCAAAAAUGAUGCUGAUGCAUUGCAUCGGAUCUUUAUAACAUCCCAGGUGGAGGUCCUUUCAUCUAUGGAAGAUGAACAGAUUGAAGGAAUACCAUACACAGGAGAGUAUGUUAUUCAAGGAGGAAGUAAAGUCUGGAUUGGCGUCUCCCCGGCAAAGGGAGAGAAAUGUGAAAGAUGCUGGAACUAUUCACCUCAAUUAGGUUCCUUUGAUGAUCAUCCUUCACUUUGCAGCCGAUGUCAUGAUGUCGUCACCAAAUAGGCAUCUCCCUGUGCUGAGUACACGGCAGAGGAAGUUACACAAGCCCUAGUGCAAUGAACAUGAGUGAUAUGGGGAUUAUACUGUGCUUCACAACGAAGCCCUUUUGCAAUUUUUUACUCCGUAUUAUUUAGGAAGCAGAAACAAUCUUGUCCCAAUUUU